AUGGCCGUCUGUCUAACGGUGAUGGAGGGAGACCUGUCUCCUCUGAAGAGGGAGCAUCCAUAUGUAUAAAGGGGACUGUACCAAAUGUCACAACACCAUGGUUACUGCUCAAAUAGCACCCUUUUCCCUAUAUAGUGCACAACUUUUGCCUAGCUUCCUGUGGGCCUUGGUCAAAAGUAGUGCACUACAUAGGGAAUAGGGUGCCAUUUGGGCAGCACCCAGGGCUGCAGUGGCUCUUGUUUAGCCAGGGCUGCAGCAGGGUUUCCCAGAUCGGUGUAGCAUGAUUUGAGUUCAAUAAACAUGUUUUUCAAUGGGUUUCACAGCUUUUUUUUGAUUAAAUGCAGUGUAAGGCCUUAUAGUUUUCAUGAUGAUGUGUGUAGGUAGGUAGCCCUAAUCUAGGCUAGAUGGCCCAAUAAUGUUCUAUGCUGCACACAGGUCAGAGGUCAGUUGAAAUGUGUUGUACCUCCAGGGGUAAGUGUGCUGUGUUGUUGUCAUGAUGAAUGACCCAGCCAAGCUCCAGGCAUCCAUUUUGUCAUAAUCUCACCAUCCCUCUCUCCUCUCCUCCUCAGUAACCAUCCCUCUCUCCUCUCCUCCUCAGUAACCAUCCCUCUCUCCUCUCCUCCUCAGUAACACCUCUCCUCUCCUCCGUACCUCCCUCCUCCUUCUCUCAGUAACCAUCCCUCUCCUCUCUCUCCUCCUCAGUAACCAUCCCUCCUCCCUCCUCUCCUCCUCAGUAACCAUCCCUCUCCUCCCUCUCUCUCCUCCCCUCCUCCUCAGUAACCAUCCCUCUCCUCCUCUCCUCCUCAGUAACCAUCCCUCUCCUCCUCGGUAACCAUCCCUCUCCUCCUCUCCAUCCUCGUAACCAUCCCUUCUCCUCCUCAGUAAACCAUCCUCUCUCCAUACCACUCUCCUCCUCAGUAACCAUCCCUCUCCCAUACCAUCCCUCUCCUCCUCAGUAACCAUCCCUCUCCUAUACCCUCCUCCUCCUCAGUAACCAUCCCUCUCCUCCUCAGUAACCAUCCCUCUCUCCCUCCUCAGUAACCAUCCCUCCUUCUCCUCCUCAGUAACCAUCCCUUCUCUCCUCUCCCUCCUCAGUAACCAUCCCUCUCCUCCUCAGUAACCAUCCCUCUCUCCUCUCCUCCUCAGUAACCAUCCCUCUCUCCUCUCCUCCUCGGUAACCAUCCCUCUCUCCUCUCCUCCUCAGUAACCAUCCCUCUCUCCUCUCCUCCUCAGUAACCAUCCCUCUCUCCUCUCCUCCUCAGUACCAUCCCUCUCUCCUCUCCUCCUCAGUAACCAUCCCUCUCUCCUCUCCUCCUCGUAACCAUCCCUCUCUCCUCUCCUCCUCGGUAACCAUCCCUCUCUCCUCUCCUCCUCGUAACCAUCCCUCUCUCCUCUCCUCCUCAGGUAACCAUCCCUCUCUCCUCUCCUCCUCGGUAACCAUCCCUCUCUCCUCUCCUCCUCGGUAACCAUCCCUCUCUCCUCUCCUCCUCGGUAACCAUCCCUCUCUCCUCUCCUCCUCAGUAACCAUCCCUCUCUCCUCUCCUCCUCAGUAACCAUCCCUCUCUCCUCUCCUCCUCGGUAACCAUCCCUCUCCUCCCCUCGGUAACCAUCCCUCUCUCCUCCUCCUCAGUAACCAUCCCUCUCUCCUCUCCUCCUCAGUAACCAUCCCUCUCUCCUCUCCUCCUCAGUUAACCAUCCCUAUCUCCUCUCCUCCUCGGUAACCAUCCCUCUCUCCUCUCCUCCUCGGUAACCAUCCCUCUCUCCUCUCCUCCUCGGUAACCAUCCCUCUCUCCUCUCCUCCUCAGUAACCAUCCCUCUCUCCUCUCCUCCUCAGUAACCAUCCCUCUCUCCUCUCCUCCUCCUCAGAUACAGAGUGAACAUGACAACCAUAAACACGGCCAACAUCAACUUCAAAUGGGACCCAAAGAGCCUGGAGAUCCGCACCCUGGCUGUGGAGAGGCUGCUGGAGCCCUUGGUCACGCAGGUCAGAAUAUAUAUAUACACACAUUUAAACAAUAUAUCAGGGAUGCAAACUUGUCAUUCUUUGGCCAUAUUCACUGUUACGAUCUGAAAAUAUGACAUCACGAUCUAAAUGAAUGACUGAGCAGACAGAAUGCGUCCCUACCACGGGCAUCGUACAAAUAGAAUAUCAGAAUUCAGAUCGUGAUGUCAUAUAAGAAUGAGUGCCUCGUCGAAUAUCCCGCGUGACAGCUGCGCGUUAAACCCUGUGGUAUCACCAUACUACUUGGCCUGGUGUCACGUCGUUAGUCAAACGUUGGUAUUGUGAAUAACAGUCUCCUAUGAAGGCCCUCACCAGUUAGCAUCCCCGACCAUACAUUUUGAGAGCAAUGCAUGCAUUUUCAUAGAAUACGUCAAUUUGAUAAAUGAUGACGUCGGUCAUAAAUGCUGUAAGCCUACUGGUAGACUAUAUGAUUUAUUUUAGAACUGGUGGUCAUGCAUUCAUGAUGGUUUUGAUUGGUACAUUGGUAUUACAUUUACAUUUUAGUCAUUUAGCAGACGCUUCUUAUCCAGAGCGACUUACAGGAGCAAUUAGGGUUAAGUGCCUUGCUCAAGGGCACAUCUAUCUAGCCCUAAAGGCUUGAACGACACUAGCUACUUCUACUGUUUUAGUAUGGACUCAAAGACGAGUUGGCUAGCUGUGGCUGUAGACAUUUUUAUUUAUUUAUCUUUAGCUGUAGAGUCAGUGACUUUCAGAAGCAGUGUUUAGGCGUCUCGCCCCCUCAAGACAUUUGACCUCUCGUCCUGCUCCUAAAGGUCACGACCCUGGUGAACUCCAGCAACAAGGGGCCGUCCAAUAAGAAGAAGGGACGCUCUAAGAAGGCCCAUGUAUUGGCCGCCUCGGUGGAGACCGCCACCUUGAACUUCCUGGAUAAAGGAGAGAAGAUCGCCAAGGAGAGCCAGUUCCUCAAGGACGAGCUCACUGCUGCCGUGGAGGAUGUCCGCAAGCAAGGUACCGUUAACCUACCGCAGGCCUUGAAACCCCUUUUCACUUUUUUUAUGGAUGAGUAGGCCUGUACGUCAUCCACAUGGAUGUGUACAGGUCAGGUACAGUUGCUAUAUAGACUUGACUUACGCGAAAACCCCUUUUCAUGAGAAGCAUAGGCCAGUGUUUCCCAACCCUGGUCCUCGAUGUACCCCCCCAACAAGUACAGUUUUGUUGAAGCCCUUGACAAACGCAUCUCAUUCAACUAAUUUUAGGGCUUGAUGAUUUUAGUUGACGAGUUGAAUCGGGUGUGCUUGUCCAGGGUUACAAUGAAGAUGUGUACUGUUGGGGUGCACCGGAGGACCAGGGUUGGGGACCACUGGCAUAGGUAAAACUACAAACCGGUGGAUGUUUUUGUGCCAUUUUCUCAAGUUCCUUCCUUCCCUUUUCAGUUUCUCUAUCUGUUAUUAGGCUACACUUGCUGCCACCCCCCCUUUAGCAAACCUAUUAAUUGAAAACCUGUUGUUUGAAGGGCCCACUUUGUCUAGUUCAAGUGGAAAUGCAGAAUUUCUGAAAUUAUCAUAUGAUUUGCCUAAUGGAUAAUUUGGCCUUAUAUUUCUGCCUGUACUUUAAGGAAACAUUUAUUCAGUUUGGUGCCCUAUGAAGCCCCCUCUGAAUUUAUUCAAAUUGCUUCCAUGGAUUGAACCACUGCUUUCCUUUUUGUCAGAUCUUCCAUUGUACUCUGCCCUGCUGUCUUUCAUUCUCUCGUACCCCGUAUGGGAGGAGGAGGAGAGUGUCAAGGUUUUUCUGGAUGAAAAAGGGGCUUUCUAUACAUUUCUCCAUGGAGCCGAGAUAUAUUUUUGCAGCUUUAAAGCUAAUUUCUUUCAAUUCUACACAUUUUGCCAUUCAGCUGAGAGAAAAUGUUGCAGUUUUAAAUCCAAUUUUCUGUGAUUCUAUAUUCUGGAGCUGAGAUAUUAUUACUGUAUUUUCCGCACUAUAAGGCGCACCGGAGUAUAAGCCGCAGCAGCUAAAUUGAAUGAUGUGUACAUAUAUAAGCCGCACUGGACUAUAAGCCGCAGGUGUUUUAAUGUUUAAUUACCAUAUGUAAGGGUUCGUGCCAGAGGGGAUUGUCGGGAAAGAGACAAACUGUCUCGCUCUCGUAAUGUCUGUCUGUCUUGCUCUCGUUCUGUCUCUCGUUCUGUCUCUCGUACCACUCUCGGUUCCACUUUUACUUUUGCGCGCUACCUGUCUCACUCUUUUCCGGCCUCCAGCUUUUCCUGCUGGAGCCCGCCGCUUAAAGGUGGGGGGGCUUGGACCGGUCAUAGAGCCCAUAGAGUUAAAGUUGGUGGACUGUAACCUGUAAAAUCCAUAGAUUUAGGAGGUCUUCUAGUGGCCGUUAGCUGUAAAAAUCCAUAGAUUAGCCGCACCGUUAUAUAAGCCGCAGGGGUCGAAAAAUGGGGGAAAAGGCGCGGCUUAUAGUCCGAAAAUUACGGUAUUUUUUUCAGUUUUAAAGGCCGACCCAAGGAUUUCAAUGGCAGAAAACCCCUGUUAUCUCAGUCUAGAGGGCUGCGGCCUUGUGCGUCAUCACCCCAUUCUUUUUACCCUGUUGUUAAAUCUCAGUACUCCCUAGUAGCAACAGAGUGGUUUUCCUCUCUGGCAGGUUAAUGGAGAGGUUUUAACCCUGUCAAGAUGCUCCUCAUUUCUCGAUGGCUUGUUUUACGUUGACAUUUUAGUCAUUUAGCAGACGCUCUUAUCCAGAGCGACUUACAGGAGCAAUUAGGGUUAAGUGCCUUGCUCAAGGGCACAUCGACAGAAUUUUCACCUAGUCGGCUCGGGGAUUAGAACCAGCGACCUUUCGGUUACUGGCACAACGCUCUUAACCACAUUCCCACUACCUUGCUGCUGUGCUGAGUGCUCCGCUCCCCCCUCCUUGAUCACCUUUGUCUUGUCACUGGUGUAGCCCACAAACUUCAUGUUGUACACAAAAACCGUUCUAACUAUUGCAUUCCAUGCCUCCGUAAGCAUAAGCCUGAUUUCAUGUUUUUCAGGAGGAGUAGGCUACAUGUUUUACACAAAAUACGUUACUUUGUCACUAUUGCCAACAUAAGCACCACACAAACAGGCAGUCUAGUGAUUUUAUGUUCUUAGCUGCUGAGUUGCAUUCAGCAAUUAACGCUUGCCAUGAUAUCGGCAUAACUGUGGCACCAGGACGACGCAAAACCAUCUCGCCCAUUUUCACUCUUUUCACCGGUCCGGAUACAUGCUCGGCUGCCCAGAGGUGGAAUGCAGCAAGACACAGACACGCGGUCUAAUUAGCGAUUUGAAUGUUAUUUUUUUCGUCAUGGUUUGCGAACAUUGGCUAAGCUGUGCAGGAUAGAAGCAAAAUUCAGGUAGAUGUUGGCGGUUAAGAUGUCUAUUUCACCAGCCAUGUUGGCUGGUGGUCAGGGCUCCGCAGUAGCUGUUUUCAAAGUAUUUCUGCCGUUUUUUGUUUCAUAGCUAGUAAAAAAAGGCAUUCGUAGUCGAUCACCAAACAUUUCUGUAAAAAACCCAACGCCUUGCUAUUAUUAUCAGCAGCCCUAGCGCUGGGAAGGCAGUGUUCCCAUUUGGAACCAUUAUAUGUGGCUAAAGGUUUGAAUGCCUCCACAGUUUCCUUGAGCCAUAGACUGUAAAAGCAAGCCUAGAACGAACAGGAAAGUCGAUACUGUGAGAUUUCAAAAAAUUAAAAUUAAAAAGAAAUCAUGACUAGAGAGAGACUCAACGAAUACGGCGGAGCGCUGCUGUUUUUGAGUAAGUUCAUGUUUAAAUUGUUAUUCAGCAAUGUCAACACUUUUAUAAGCCAUAAAAUAAGCGUUCUCCCUACAUCUAGUGGAAAGCCUUCCCAGAAGAGUGGAGGCUGUUAUAGCAGCAAAGAGGGGACCAACUUCAUAUUAAUGGCCAUGAUUUUGGAAUGAGAUGUUGGACGAGCAGGCGUCCACAUACUGUUGGUCAUGUGGUGUACAUAUGCAGAGAGAGCAGGGUCUUUGUGGAGGCAUGGGGAUUAGCAUGGCACAACAUUCAGGAUGAAUCAUUAGUGGGGUGGGGUUUGGUUCCUAAUCCUAGGUAUGUAGUGAGCUCACUACAGGGCUAAAUGGGGAUUGGCACGGCUGUUAGUGAACAGCUUGUAGUGACUGUUCUCCACUCUGUUCCGCUAUCUGGGAUGUUUCUAUUUUCUAGUCUCUGUUCUGCUAUCUGGGAUGUUUCUAUUUUCUAGUCUCUGUUCCGCUAUCUGGGAUGUUUCUAGUCUCUGUUCCGCUAUCUGGGAUGUUUCUAGUCUCUGUUCCACUAUCUGGGAUGUUUCUAGUCUCUGUUCCGCUAUCUGGGAUGUUUCUAUUUUCUAGUCUCUGUUCCACUAUCUGGGAUGUUUCUAGUCUCUGUUCCGCUAUCUGGGAUGUUUCUAUUUGUUCCGUUCUGGUGUUCCACACUGCUGUUACCUAAGGAAUGUACGAGCCUGUCGACAUCGGAUGCUAUUAGGCACAUGAUGUUAAGGAAUGACGAAGAGAGGAAAGAGAGGAGAGAGAAAAGAGAAGAGCACUGCAGAUGUCUGAUGAUCUCAUACGUAUUUAAAUGUCUGUAUUCUUCACCUGCCUGGUGGGACCUAACUGACUCAGAUUCUGUUUAAAAUUAAAUGUAAUGCCUGCCAAGAUGACAGUGUCAGAAAGCUACCAUCAAAUGAAAUCAUAAUUUGUCUUGUGACAGCAGCUCUUCAGCGCUUCUCUUCCAAUCCUGACUCCCCCUCCCACUACUACCCCCCUCUCCCACGCUAUAACUGUAGCAAGUCCAUCUGCUCUCCCCUGCUGUAA